ACAAACGCUUUGACGUUGCAUGCGACACUUGUUAUUUAUUUUGCAUUAGAAUGACGCCUGUGGAUUAAAUUGCACCUUUUGUUUAUGACAUUUAGCUAUAUGUCAUCUCAUUCCAUUCUUUGCACUAAUGUCGUAGCAUAGUGCAUCAGAAUUUGAAUUAAAAACUGUAGUUGAAAAAUAACUGCUAUAAUGGAGCCUCCAAUCCUAAAUGUUCCUGGUGAAUUAACUUUUAUAAUGCAAGCUGGCAUCUUAAGAGAAACGGUGACUGUAAAUUCCGGUGAUUUUUCUAUUCAGAAACUUAAAGAUUUAGCUUGCAACUUUUUAGAUAAAAAAUUUCCAGAUCAUGGAAUUAGCAAACUUGACCAAAGAUUGAUAUUCUUUCGUCACGAUUACAAUUUUGAGAACAUUUUGGUACCUGUGUCUACAGUUUCUGAUGUAUUUGAUAAUGGUCUUAUUGAAAUUGUUUUAGCAGGAAAUAAUGCUUCAGAUGAUACGCAGAUGAGACCUCAUGCUCUUAUGCUGCAUUCUUACAAGUCUCCAACAUUUUGUGACUUUUGUGGGGAAAUGCUUUUUGGUUUAGUUCGGCAAGGUUUAAAGUGUGAAGGAUGUGGCUUAAGUUUUCAUAAGAGAUGUGUAUAUAAAAUUCCAAAUAAUUGUUCUCACACCCGACGGCGGAAGUCCUCAACAUUUCUGCAUACUCCACAGCAGUCUGAUCAAGUGGGUGUUUCUUUGAGCAUUCCAAAUAUGGCAACAUUUCAGUCCACAUCACCUAAUCGCAAUAGGAAAUCACCAUCGUUACCUCCUGGUAGAUCAUUAUGUACUGAAAAGUUAUCGACAGGAAAAAUGAAAGUACCUCAUCGAUUUGAAAUUCAUUCAUAUACUCGGCCCACCGUGUGUUUUCAUUGUAAAAAAUUAUUGAAAGGAAUUAUUAGACAAGGCAUGCAAUGCAAAGGUUAGU